CUGAAAAUGCAGCGUUGUGAAAAAAAGGGUUGCUCCUAUCGAGCACACAGAUUGUGCUUGCCUCAUCAAAGGCCGAGUGGACUGGCUCUUUGCUGCAUUUCUUCUCCCUCUUUCUUUCUCUCCCUCACCACCACAUAUUGCACUGCAACCUGGAUCUCCCUGCAUAACAGUGAGCCGGGCAGAAGCCGGGACUAACACGUAGCAUUUACAAAGACACAUCACUACAUUCACAGCAGCCCAGAAAAAAUGCUUGGCUUUGUCAUAUUAAAAUGCACAAAGGAAGACGAGUGGAGCUUGAGGAGUUAAUGACCAGAGAUGAGGAGAGAUGGUGCUAAUACUGAAAUUACAAGAGGCCUCACCAUGCUGACGUCCUCCCUGUUCCUUGUGCUGCUCUGUGGGCUUUUGGGAGGCUGGGUCUUGUCCGUCUGUCCGUCUAUGUGCUCUUGUAGUGGGGGUCACCGUGACGUGGACUGUUCUUUAAAAAGCCUAACCAAGCUGCCACAUGGCCUGCAGCACAACAUCCGUUUUCUCAACCUCUCGUUUAACAGCUUGAAGGAUCUUGGUGGUCAGCUAAGCCGCUAUGAUCACCUGCGAACCCUGGAUCUCUCCUACAACCACCUGGAAAGCCUGCCGUCUGUCUUGCCACGGUCUCUAUGGGACAUCAAAGCAGCGUGGAACCGUCUACGUUGGCUCGACAAGAGAGAUACAGCUUACCACUGGAACCUUAAACUGCUGGAUCUGUCGCAUAACGAACUGGAGAGAAUAGUUUUUAUCAACAACACUCUCCUUAGUGUUACAUCUCUCAACCUCAGUCACAACAGAUUUUGGACUGUGCCCACAAACAUGCCUCAUAACUUGGAAAUUAUUGAUUUGUCAUUUAACUAUUUGGUUCAGAUUCUGCCUGGCUCUUUGGAUCGGCUUCCAAAGCUGGUUAAAUUGUAUUUGCAUGCUAACCACUUCUCAGUACUGCCUGAAGGUAUAUUUGAUAAACUGAGAGCACUGAAAACAAUCACGCUUGGAGAUAAUCCCUGGGCUUGUGAGAAAGAAGACAACAUAACAAGAAUCCUUAGAUGGGCAGAGCAAACUCAUGCGACUGUGCUGGGGUGUCCCUGUUACACAACACCAGUCUGUGGACAAAGCCAUUUGGCAACAAAGGAGAGACACCUGGAUUCUGCUCCACUCACAGAGUCAACCAUGAACAAUAGAGGAGAAGAAUAUGAUGACAUGUUCACUGCAAGCAUUGUCAUGGUGACUUCUGCUUCUGAGACAAAUCCUUCACAGCAUAAGUCUGGGUUGGGGAUGUGGACCUCUACAGGUUUUCACAGCGUCUCCAGGCUCACAAGCACAACAGAACACCUGCUGUCUUCCACUGUAAAGCCCAAGAUGGCCAACUCCCAGAGCAAAAGUCAAAAGGUAUUUGCUCAGAUUGAAAUGGUGCUUCUAAAUAUUUUUGUUCUAACAAUAGCACUCAGCAUGUACUGAACUAAAGGCGCUUGACGCACUAAAUUAGACACCACAUUACCCUUAUGCUUACAUGUGGAGUGCCAUAUGACGCCUACAAAUGUUAGUAAUUAUGUUUGCAAUUCAAUAGUUAGAACACAAAUGCAUGAUCCUGUCAUUCCUUGUGUGGGAAAUAAACUAAGUCUAUUGAGAUCAUUCGUUUUUGUAAUAUUUCCAACAAGAUUAAUACAAAACUGGAAGCAGAACCACAAGAAUUAUAGCGAUAUUACAAUGUAACACAAGUUCUUCUUGGAUUCCUUAGUCGAAUUUGGUUGCAAUCAUCGGUAUAGUGUAAUAUUUGAUGCAUGACUAAAAGUAGGGUCUAUUGAUGCGCCAAAAGACAAAAUAAAAACAAAAAAACAUUUGUUUUUCUUUCAUAGUGCUGUAUAAAGUUAGAAACUUUGACAAUAUUUUCAAUGAAAAAGGUUUCAGCAGACUUAUUUCUGCAAUACAUGAUAGGAUAAACCUUUAUUAGUUCCACAAGUGGGAAAUUUGCAUCGUCACAGCCAAAAGCGGACAAUACAAAAUAACAGCAGCAUAAGUGAAAAGCAGAAGAAUAAAAAAAAACAUAUAGUGUAUCUAGAAAUACACAUAAGCAAAUACAAAUGCUUUUACAAAAACCUUAGGCAUACCAGGUUUCCCCAGAAAACUUGCCAACAUCAGUUUUAAGGAGAAAAGGGCAGCCGACCUAUCCUGGUAAAAUCCAACCCCUUGUGCUCUGCUGUUUGCUACAUACAGAUGACUUGGGCUCUCUACUACUGAGAAACGAUUGUUUCCAGGAGGCGUGCACUCUAUUGACCAUUGAAAUGUUACCCAAACGCCAAUGUUGUAUGUAACACGCCAGUUGGAUGCUAUUAAGCUUACUAGAAACUCCCUGCGUUGUAAACAACCAUCCUGCACUGCGGAGAGAGAGUCUGAAUUAUUCUGAUUCAAAUGUAACAGUAAUCAGUUUGGUUUCUGUCAAUUUGUCAAGAUGCAAGGGAGAGCAAAUUAACCUUUUAUAUUUGUAAGUAAUUAAAUUUUACAUAAUUGCUGCUGUAAAAGCCAUAGUUUUUACUCAACUACUUUACUUUACUUUAUGAAAUAUUUCAUCCUAUUUAAUACUUGUCAUAAAUACUGCCAUGUUCUACAAAUAAUAGUGCAGUGUUUGUCAUUUAUUGAACUGUAAGAAAUUACAGCGGCUGCAGUGUGCCACAGCAAAGGGAAAAUAACACCGAAAACAGGAGAAGAACAACUCAAAACCUUAAUGUUCUGCUUUUCCCCACUCUGUCGGCUUUAUACUACACUCAGACCCGUUGCUGUGGCAACCGACGGACAACAUCUGAAUGAGCCUCUAGAGCAGAGAUUACUUUCAAGUGUAUCAGGAGGAAUCAACACCAAAAACCACAAAAACAUUUCCCACACAAAGUAGUAGGUAAAAAGCCCAUAACAGAACAUUCAGCCCAAUGCUUAAUCUGACCUCUAAACCUUAAAAAAUUUCUUUAAAAGAAAAAAUCCAAAUGAGCUCAAAUUUUCAGGAUGCUUUCCUUGAAUUAUUCUCCACAUUUUUUACACUCUAUGUAUGAACAUAUAUUCAUAUCCAUCACUUUUUUUUGCAAGUUUGUCUUUUAAGACAAAUAUCUGUAUCUUUCACAAUCCUUUGACGAUCAUAACUAAAUUGCCCACAGUUGUGUGGAACAUAUCAGUCCUAGUCAUUCUGCAAAGUUUGUUAAGACUCUGUGCUUCUUUGUUUGAAGAACAGCAAAUCGGACUUUGACACUGAGUGCUCUCAAUGUGUAAAGUUGUUUUAUGCAUUUAUACUUCAACAGGACGGCAUUAAAAAAUUCAGCAUAAAUGACAAGCAAGUUUGGUUAUUUGGUAAAAUUUUCUAAUUUUUACUGCAAACUACAACUUUGAAAUUUUUGAACAUAUAAAAAUCCAUAGAAUAAAGGACAAUCACAUUGCCUAAAUACAGUAGUGCAGUCAUCUUAUCUGGCCACAUGAUGGAGCAAAACUGAAGUAAAUACAGACAUGAGACUUCUUAAAAUAAAAAAUGAUUGGGAUAUAAAUGAAACAGGGGUAAGGACUGAUGUACGUUUAAGAAACUCAUAUUCUAAUUACCUUAAAGUAUAUUCAGAUGGUUCUGAGAACACAGAAGGAUGUGUGGGAAUAGGAAUGUUUAUUCCAAAGUUUAAAAUAUAGUUUUCCAAACAAUAAUCAAACCAACUAUCUGUUUUCACAGCUGAAAUGGUGGCUGUCAUAAUAAGCCUGCAGUUGGUAGAGGAGGUUCAACCAGACAGGAUGGUGGUGUGCACACAUUAAAAAGCAAUAAGAGAGAUUAUUAUGGGAAAAGGAAAUGAUAGCACAAUAAUUCAGCACAGUUUGUUUCGAUUACACAGGGAUUGAUAUUUGGUUUUGUUAGGUACCAUCACAAGAAGGAGUAAAAGCCAAUGAAAAGGCAGAUGAAUAAGCUAAAAAGACUUUGGAGAAGGCAACAACACUUACUAUUCCUUUUGAGAAAGGGAAAUCAAUUAUUAAGAGUAAAGAAACAAAAAUGUGGCAGAAAAAUAUGGAAUAUAGAUAAGAAAGGAAGGUGUUUAUAUAAAAUACAAUUGUUAGUUGGCAGGAAAAAUAGUGAAUAUAGUGAAGGAUGUUGACAGAAAGAAAAUGUAGAACAUAUAUUGAUGGAUUGUAAAAUAUAUGAGCCUGAAAGGGAGAGACUGAGAAAAAUAGUAAAGAAGACAGGGCAGGAAUGGAGAACUGAAGGAUACUUAGAGGAUAUUUAUAGGUUAAGGAAAGCAAUAUUUAUUAAUCUUCAUGAUACAAAAUAAAAAAAAUAGAAUUUAAUGGAUGUAAAGUAAUGUUGCUGCACACUCAUGUACAGUAGAUGGCAGUAUGCACCUGAAAGUUGCUUGCGAUCUGCCAUAA